AUGCUAUACAGUCAUGUAACUUUGUUGAUGCUUCGUGUUGUCGAUGUAGUUGCAAAAAGGAUGAUACAGCAAACAGCGCGAAUGCUUGUAGCCGAAAUACCUGGUGAUGUACAGAUUGGUGCGCUAUUCCCGUUGCAUUACCAAAUCACAGGUACUGAAGCAUGUGGUCGAAUUUGGGAACAAUAUGGUAUCCAACGAGUGGAAAUUGCCCUUAGUACUGUUACCGAAUUGAAUUCAAUGUUGCCUUUCAGGCUUGGUAUCAGUAUCAGGGAUUCCUGUUGGACAGAUCGUAUUGCCAUGGAGCAAUCCAUUGCAUUUCUGCGAGAAGGCGUUAAUCAAUGUUCAUGUACAUCAGCGCCAUCAGCGCCAGAUUGCCAGAAAGAAAUAGCGCCAGUUGUGGCAAUUAUAGGACCUGCAAAGAGUUCUACUACAAUUGCAGUACAAAAUUUACUGCAAGUAUUUCAUAUACCUCAAAUCGGAUAUGGUGCGACAACGGCUGAUCUUUCAGACAAAGAACAAUAUGGUUACUUUAUGCGUGUGGUACCAGCGGAUACGUGGCAAGCGAAAUUGGUUGUUGCCAUGCUGGAACACUUCAACUGGACUUAUGUUGCCGUGAUUUAUUCCUCUGGAAACUAUGGUGAGAAAGGAUUCGAAGAGUUAGAUCGAAUAAUCAAUAGCGAUCUAUCAGGAAAUGUUUGCAUUGCAUAUUCGGAAAAAGUGAAAAGCCUGGCUGAACCAGCUGAAUUUGACAAAAUUUUAAAUUCUUUAAGUAAUCAAAAAUCAGUACCGCAAGUAGUGGUAUGUUUUUGUGAAGGCCUUACUAUGCAUGGAAUGUUUAAAGCACAACAGCGUCUUCGAAGAAGAAAUCCAAAAAUACGACCAUUUCAAUGGAUUUGUAGUGAUGGUUGGAAUGAUCGAUUAGACGUAGUCGAUGGCGUAGAACAUGAAGCUGCCGGAAGUUUCUCUAUUAGGAUACAUUCACCACACGUAAAAUGGUUCGAUCAGCAUUAUUUCUCACUGAAUCCCGAAAAUAAUGUGCUCAAUCCAUGGUUUCGAGAAUUUUGGCAGGAGAAAUUUAAUUGUCAAUUUACGGUACCUAAAGAUGAUUUCGAAACAAAAGUUUGUACUGGACGAGAGAACCUUACAAUAAAUUAUAAACAGGAUGCCAAAUUGAGUCAGGUUGUAAAUUCGAUUCGUGUCGUUGGAUUAGCCCUUCAGGCAUUGUACAACGAUCACUGCAAAGGAAAUUCAUCAAUGUGUACUAAAAUAUUUGCAUUAAAUGGUACAGUACUUCUCAAAUAUAUGCUCAAUGUUACAUUUGUUGAUCAAUUCAAUCAGGAAGUUUAUUUUGAUGCUAACGGUGAUCCACCUGCAUGGUAUGAUGUUUUGAACUAUGUUGGUGGUGAGGAAGGCUUUCGUAUGGUUGGUGAAUAUCAGAAAAAGCGUCUUGGCAAAUAUCGAUUAAAAAUUAUGGAGAGUGAUAUUAUGUUUUAUGAUAAAACAAAUCAAAUUCCUGAAUCGGUCUGCAGUAAACCUUGUAAAAUUGGACAACGACAAAGAGAAACAGCGGCUUGUUGUUGGAUUUGUGAAGAUUGUUUGGCACAUCAAAUUAUAAACAAUACAUUACGUUUGUGUGAAAAUUGUACACUUGGAUGGUGGCCUAAUAAAGAUCAUACAGCCUGCUAUCCGUUAGUACAUGAAGGACCAGAUUGGUCAUCAACAGGUAUCAUCCUGGCUUUGUUGCUUGCAUCCUUGGGGACAUUAAUGACAUUAUUCACUGUAUUAAUAUUCAUUCGUUAUAACCAUACCCCUGUUGUAAAAUCAACAACCAGAGAAUUAUCCUAUAUAAUUCUUAGUGGUAUUACUAUUUGCUAUGCAGUAUCAUUUGCUGUACUUGCGACACCAUCAUUUAUCACCUGUUUUAUAUCACGUACACUGCCGCCCGUUGCUUUUUCAAUGAUUUAUUCCGCACUUCUCACUAAAACAAAUCGUAUUGCGCGUAUUUUAGCUGGCAGUAAGAAACGUAUCUUAACGAAAAAACCACGCUUCCUAAGUAUUACAUCACAAGUAAUCAUUACAUGGAUUGCUGUAUGUAUCGAAUGUAUUAUUGUUGCUGGUAGUGUAAUGAGUGAAAUGCCACAGGCUGGUUUUGAUCCAUACUAUCAACCUCGACGUAUGGUACUCGUCUGCUCAACUACAACAUUUGCCUUUUUGACACCAUUUUUCUGGAAUCUUUUCCUGAUAUCACUUUGUACAUUGUAUGCAAUUAAAACAAGAAAUCUGCCGGAAAAUUUUAAUGAAGCAAAAUUUAUCGGUUUUACUAUGUAUUGUACAUUGGUUGUUUGGUCAGCGUUUAUUGUUCUUCAUUUGGGUACAACAAAUAAAGCACUUACAAUGAGUUUUUCAUUUAGUUUAUCAGCUAGUAUAGCUUUGAUGUUAUUAUUCUUUCCAAAACUUUAUAUAAUCAUAUUUCAUCCGGAAAAAAAUAUUCGAGCAAAUUAUACAACUACCAAAUUGAUACGUUGUCAUUUUGGUAAUUCACAAACAGCAGAACGAAGUAGUAAAGAGACAAAUAAUUGGAAAUUCGGUUCCAGUCAAAAUUCUUUUUCAAGAAGUGAUGCCGGAUCACAGAGAAGAUAUGAUUAUCGGAAACGUAAGCCAUCAGUUUAUAUUAGCCAAAGUCCAUCACAGGAUGCAUCGAUACAAACUGAAUUCAAUAAAAUGUCCCCUAAGUUUGCUCGAACAUUUUCUAUCACUAGUCGCGGGGUUGGUACUACCAGUAUUACUACUACUCAAGAUGAUAUCAAACAACUGGAAUUAAAUGACAAAGUACAACAACUAAACGAUUCCUGUCGACGGUAUGAGGUUUCACAAAGUGAACGAUCGCAUGGCUCGGUGAAAAAUUUAUUGUUGGUGAAAAAGGAGGAAAGAAAUGAAAAUAUCGGUAGCCUGAUUACAGAUUCAAUGCAAACCGUUUUCAAUACGGUUUCAAAACAAGUAUUACCUAUGACUUCAUCACUACCACACACUCAAUUAUCCAAUGAGGAUAAUAGAUUUGAACAGCUUUUGAAGAGUCAUGGCAUGGAACCUCUUCAGUUAACAAAUGCGACACCGUUAUGA